UGUGUGAUUAAUACCAUUCCAGAGGAUAGAGUAGCCAGUGUCAAGAAUCACUUAGAAAGUGAGUCAGAAGAUGAGCAGGAGCAAGAGUUGUUGAAGUCCUUGCUAACUAUUGAUCAGGAUAUCAGGAUCUGCAGUCACUCAGUUGGCUCUUUGCCUCAGGUGUGGGUCAGCAUGGGAUCUUUUGACCUGUGUGCAGUUUUGGAUAGUGGGGCUGAGGUUAGCCUAGUUUCAUCUUCAGUUCUAAGUGUGGCUCAUGGUGCUGGUAUUAACUUUUGUGUCCAGGAGGAUAAACUCUGUGAUAUAGUUGGUUUUUCAGGGAAACGCAUCCCCAUCACGCAAACUGUGCAAUUGUCUUUGGUUAUUGGUACUUUGAAUAUGCCUGAAAUUCACAAAUUUGCUGUUGUAGAUGAUAACAUUUUUCCUCACUGUUUUUUAUUAGGGCUAGACUUCAUGUCUCAUUAUAAUUUAUCCAUUGAUUUUAAUGCCCUUACUUUUAAGCAGGAUGGUGAGGUCGUUUCCCGGUUGACUCCUGUAAGCUGGCGGGACAUUGUGGGUCCUUGCCUGUUCUCGGUUAGCGCUGGAUCUUCUGAGCCGCAUUUGAAGCUAAAUACUCAGGAUUUGCGUUUUGAGACGCAAGGUAAUUUUCCUACAGUGACAGGUUUGUCUAUGUUGUCAGAUCUUGAAACUAUUAGAGUAUUGCAAUCUCAUAGUCCUGAAUUGAAAUGUCUAUACAAACAGCUCAAAAAGCAAGUGCCAACUCAAGGGUGGCCGAAAAGGAUCAAAGCCUUUGCUCGCCAUUCAGCAAAAUUGUCAAUUCAAAGUGGCUUGAUAUUUUAUGGUGAUACUAGUCCAACUGUGGUCAUUCCUUUUGAGAGUUUAGUUGAUGUUUGUGUGUCGCUUCACUUCAAUCUUGCUCACAUAGGUCGAGACAAAUUGUUGGAUCUUAUUUUUGAACUUGUAUGGCACCCUUCAAGGUACCGUGUUGCACAGGAUGUGUGUAGCACAUGUCACAGUUGUCAGAUUUUGAAGGAAUUUUCUACCACUUUGAUACCACCAACUUUGAAGAUAUGUACCAGUUAUCCAUUCGAAUUGAUGGCUGCUGAUCUAAUUUCAUUGCCCAGGUCUCCUAGAGGAUUUAUUGGUUGUCUGGUUUUAGUGGAUCACUAUUCUAAGUGGGUUACAGCAGUUCCAAUAAAGAAUAAAACUAGUGAGACCAUUGUGAAGGCAUUCCAUGAUCAGAUUUUUCCCUCACUUAUUCGGAUCCCAACUAAUAUUCUCACUGAUAAUGGACCUGAAUUUACAUGUACCAAAUUUUCUGAAUUUUUGAUGCAAUCUAAUGUUAAUCAUAAGCUUACCACUCCUUAUUGCCCGACCAGCAAUGGAGCUAUAGAGCGUGUAAAUCGAACUAUCAAAAACUUUCUGCGUAGCCUGGUCAGUGAUGAGGUACCAUGGGAUGUAGCGUUGCCAAAAGCACUAAUCGUGUAUAAUCAUACUUGGCAUUCAGCAUUACAGAUGUCUCCCUCUAACUUUUUGCUCACACGUUCCCAUAAUACUAAUUGUGACCCACCUCUCCAAGGGACUCUGGCUGAACACUGGCGACAUGGCCAUCCCAAAUUUGUUAAAUUUAGUGUGGGACAGUUGGUGCUCAUGAAGUGUCAACAUAAGGGUUUUCUUAGCACUAAUAAAUUAAGUCCAACUUUCAGGGGGCCUUUCAAAGUCAAUGUUGCCAAUGAAAAUGGAGUCACCUAUGAGUUGGUGGACCAGAAUGGUGUUGAGCAUGUUAGAGCUCACCACAGUCAAUUGCGUGCAUAUAAAUUGCCACCUAAGUAUUUAGCAGAGCAUCCUUCAUUUGUUUUGACAGUGAGAGAUGAGAGAGGUGACGAUGUCAUGAGUGGGUCAAGAAUGCAUGAUAUUGGAGAGGUUGAGAGUACCGUGCCAUUGACUAGUGUUAGUCACUCUUCUAUGGAUUCUGAAAGUUCUAUUGGCCUAAGUGACACAAGUUCAGAUCCUGACAGCAUUAACUUUUUUGGUUCAGAUGAUGAUUCAAGCUCACUCUUUUCUGGUUUUGGUAAUUCUUUGGCCAGCUCUCAGCCAAAAAUGUGGUCGGCUGAUGCUGCUAACUCGAGGUUAUUGGAUCAGUCAUUGCAGUCAUCUUCAUUGAGAUCUGAAGUACAUGGGCUCUGUAGAGGUUGUCAUUUUGAAGCAGCAGUUGAGGCUGAAUCGUUUUGCAGUGUUGAAAUUCAUGAUGCUCAUGUGUGUACUGCACCAGAACAGGUGGUUAUUGCAGCUGAAGAUGCUCGUGGCUAUAUUGAGCAGGAACAAGUGGUUGAACCUGCUACAGACGCUCACAAUUGUAUUGGUGGAGUACAGGUAGUUGAUGAAGCUAAUGAUGAGACCACAGAGGGCAUAACAAGAUUGCAACAGUUGUAUAAGCUCACAAUGGAUUGGGAUGAUGAUGAUAGUGAAUUUAGCCUUGCAUCACUGAAUUCCUUGCUUGUGGGGGAUCAGUCACAUGAAGACAUUGAUCCAGAACUUGCAGUGGCUGACAGGAAGAUCCAAGAAAUUCAGGGAGCUGAACAGAAUGUAUCGUGUGAAACACCAGCUGCUGGCCUUGAGUCUGAGGAGUUGGAUGACUCUGAUGAUGAAGAGUCAAACUCGCCUUUCACUGGAUUCACACAAGACCCAUUACCUUCUGCCAGAGUGUCUCGUUUGAAAAAGAUGACUAAGCAGUCUGGUGAGCCAGAUAUUACAAGUCAAGCAACUGUAAGACACACAAGAUCUAAGGGUUCAGUCCAGGAUCUUCCCAAUGUUCAGCUUGUCACUCUUGAACGAAAGCGUAAUAGGCGAAGGUGUAGUUCAUGAGCAAAUUGUUGUGAAUUGUGGCAUUUGAUUUAAACAAUAUUUUAUUCAUCAUUUCCUGCAUUUGGAUUUUGCAGUAUUGCCAAAGAAAAAAUAUUCAAGUGUGUGCAUUGCGACAGUGAUGUCAUGGCAGUUUCAACCUUUGUAAAUUACUUGGUGGUAGACAUUAUAUAUGUUCUAGCUUUGUUACUAUUUUUACAUGGUGUGAGGAUUGUAAAAAUGUUUUCAAGUGUUGUUGUAAUUUUAAUUACUGGUGUAAAUUAUUAAUGUUUGUAAUUAAUGCGUUUCUAAAAUGUAUGCGGUAGGAAAAUAUCCUGUCUGCUGAGCAGAAUUGGAUUUUAAUUGUAGAUGUUAAGAAAGUGCAAUAAAUUAUCCUUGUUAGAGUAUGGGAUCUCAGCAGGGUGACAAAGUAAUUUUUGAUGUUCAGAUAGUUGUUUUAACUGUAAA